AUGACGCAGGUCAUAUACAUAAGUCGAGCAUGCCUCAGCCGUGGUUCCCACCGAAAACACAAACUUGUGUUUCUAACGGUAAAUGCAUUCCGAUGGCAACAAUGGAAUAAGAGAAACGAAAAAGUAGAAGACAAAUUGGGUGUCGGGCCGCCGUCGUUGCCAAGCAACGAGAAAUUACGAAACAUUGGCAUAUAUGAUUUGAACAUUGGCAUAUAUGAUUUCCCUAAGGGCGAUCCUCGAUUGUCUUAUAAAAAGACAAUCGAGUCGUCGGGCGACAAACUCGUCGUCUUGAAUUUCUACGCUGAUUGGUGCGACUCCUGCAUGGAACUCGAGGGCACCGUGAAGGCGCUGGCCAGGAAGUACUCAUCCAAGGCAGUGAUAAUCAAAAUCGACGAGGACCACUUCGUAAAUCUGGCGGAACGCUACAAGAUCGACAUUAUCCCCACCUUCAUCUUUCUCAAGAAAAAGCACCGCUUGGCCUCGUACUCCGGUACCAAUAAGAUAAUGCUCACCAGGAUGAUGGCCAGAUUGGUGAAGUCCUAAGUCAUAUAUUGGAGCAGGCUCACAUUUAUGUAAUCAAUGUGAAUACAACAAAUAGCUAUGGCUAUAUGGACUUUUCCGCAAAAUCGAAAGUGUUUCACCUCUGCUACAAACUUUGCAAGGAAAAACUAUCCAAAACAUAUUAAUGGAAUCAAUAAAGAAACGCCUUUCCAUUUAUGAGCACAGGAUAUUAUGUAGGAUGGCAACGUUAUUGGAU